AUGGCCGCCCUGAAGCAACCACACCGACCUGCGCCGCCUAUACCGGACACUUCCGACUUCCCCGCCGAGCUCAUCGGCAAGAAGGUGCUCCUCGCCACCGAAUCUCUCGGCCCAGUCAACGGCGUCAGUAGAACGACCCAGAGUCUUGUCGACUACCUCCGAAAUCACGGUGUCCACGUCGCCACAUGCGCUCCCUACUACAAGGGCCAGCCACUGAACCACUCCUACGAGCCAAAACCGGAACGAACGCCCAUUGUUAACAAAGAAUGGGUCCGCUCAAUCGAAGCCAAGUCGGCGUCUUUGGGUUCGCGAGCUAUUGGCGGCGCAUGGCUUUGGCACUUUGAUCGCGAAGACCAGGCUCAGUCGCAACCUCUGCUUCAGGCGCAGAAGCCGCCUCUCUUCAAUCGCAAAAGCGACGAUGCUAAGCGCAAGAUUGAGAUGAACCGACUGAACCGCAUCAACCCGGAAUUCCGCCUCCAAGGCUACCCAUUGCCAUACAACCCAGAUUUGACGGUCGCCUACCCUUUCCGACUGGGACGAGUGUAUGACAAGUCUUUCAAGCCCGACAUCAUCUACCUGGCCAGCCCAGCGUCUGUCGGAUUUCAAUUCCUCGUCCAGUUGCGACAGCUGGAUCAGCCACCGCCGACACUGCUCAACUUUCAGACCGAUCUGGCUGCAUAUGCAGGCAUUCUGUUUGCGCCGCCAAUCGACCAGUAUGCGGUCUGGCUGCUUCAGAUCGUGCAAGGCUUCUUGUUCCAGGCAGCAGCAGUGCACACCAUCUUCUACCCAUCAGCUUAUGUGCGACAGUACAUGGUGGAUGCCGGUGCGCCAGCUGAGAAGAUGAUCCAGCUCGGACGUGGCGUCGAUACUGAGCUUUUCCACCCUGGUCGACGAGAGGAGUCGUACAGACAGCAGAUUGCGCCAGAUGGAGAGAUCAUCUUCUGCUGCAUCUCGCGCAUCGCUCCAGAGAAGGGCUUCGAGUUCUUGGCCAAAGCUGCCGAGAAGCUGAGCGACAGCGGCCUCAAGUUCAAGCUCCUCAUCGUCGGUGGCAACAAGAACCCCAAUGUCAUGAACGAGGUGCGCGGCUACUUCAAGAACAUCAGCGACAAGGUCUUCUUCACUGGCAUGCUGCGAGGUGUGAACCUGGCUCGUGCUUAUGCUGCAGCCGACGUCUUCCUCCACUGCUCCAUCACCGAGACCUUUGGACUGGUCGUCCUGGAGUCGAUGGCUUCUGGUGUGCCAGUCAUUGCUCGUGAUGAGGGCGGCCCAUCGGAAACUGUCAAGCAUGGCAAGUCAGGAUACCUUGUGGCUCCUCAUGACUUGGACACCUUCGCCGACUAUGCUCGUGAGCUUGCCACCAACGAAGAGCUUCGCAAGGAGAUGGUCGUCAACGCUCGCCAGCAAGCGCUUGAUACCACAUGGGAUAAGAUCAACAACAAGGUGGCCCUCCAACUCGCCGCUGCCUUGCGAUCACACCCUCUCAAGACAUCCGAGCAAAAGGAGCGAGAGGGUUUUUACGCCACAUGGGCCAACAUGGCGCGAGUCUAUCUCGCAGUUGGCAUUGUCUGGAUUUUCUGGUUUAUCGCGGUGAUACCCAUGCUUCUAUGCGGCUUUGUCCACGGGCUUUUCAAGUGA